GACAUGCCAAAUAUUCUUGGAACUGACCGCUACUGGGAAAUAAAAAUGGUAACUGUGCAUCCGAAAUACAGAGAAAGAGGUUUGAUGACUGAACUUGUUAAAAGGUAUGAAUAUCCAGAAGCAUGGUGGUCUAAUAUCUUGGCGAAACAAAGGGGAACAGAAAAACUGGUGAUGUUUCAAACAUACGACCAAAGCUUGAAGUCUCCGGAAAAAAUGGAUGGCUUUGAAAUUAUUAAACAAUUAGAUUUGAGAGAAUACGUUGAUUCAGUCACGGGAAAGAAAGAGUUUUUAGGAAUGAAGCCGCCAUACCACUUACAAGUCAUUAUUGUCAAAAAAGUAUGCUGGAGUAUAUAAAGAGAAAUUACGGAUGACAAGCAUGGUGUUGAAAAUAUAAAUAUCUCAAUCUUUAAAAAAUGUAGAUGCAUGAACCAGGAUUGUCCAAAACAACCGAAUAUUUGAAUUUCAAAGAAUUCGAUUUUCUUAUUUAGCUUAUUUUAGAAUAAUUUCCAAUAUUGGUCCUUUUUCUGCCUCAGCCAAACGAUUUUCUGUGAUUUGUCACGUGUUGCUAUGGCGUUGAAAUAGAAUCGGCCUCGAUUAUCCGUUAUCUUCUGUGGGAGCGUGCGACGCAUAUUGUUACAUCUUUGAACAGUUAGGAUUUUCAUACUCGUACCGGAGGAGAAGAAAACCUUGAUCAUGUUGUGAACGACUGCUUGUCGUCCGGUUAUCAGUCCAUGUCCGGUGUUGGAUCAGGUAGGCUUAUUUCGUAUUCAGAUGCGUGGACCUGAUUGUGGAGGAACUAACCAGCGGUUACGUAAACAACCCUUACGACGACGAGGAGUCCAAGAAUUCUCUCGCACAUUAUUAUUACCCACGAGAUUCGAACCGGACCUAUGGACCAUUAAUAUGUUGUUGCUGUUGUUCUUGUUUUUGCGUGACUUCUUAUCGUUGUGAAAAAUUGAUUGCUUUGAAAUUUUCAG